CCUGCCGUCCGCCCGACGCCGCCCGUCCCGUCCGCGCGGAGCCUCUGGCCCGCGGGCCGACCAGCCAUGGGCGCCCACCCGCGCGGCACCCACGUCGCGAAGCUCUGGCCGCUCCGGGCGCUGCUGCUGCUGCUGCUGCCGCUGCUGCCAGCGGCCAACGCCUCCGACGCCGAGCAUCGUCUGUUUGAGCGGCUAUUUGAAGAUUACAAUGAGAUCAUCCGGCCAGUGGCCAAUGUGUCUGACCCCGUCAUCAUCCAGUUUGAGGUGUCCAUGUCUCAGCUGGUGAAGGUGGAUGAGGUAAACCAGAUCAUGGAGACCAACCUGUGGCUCAAGCAAAUCUGGAAUGACUACAAGCUGAAGUGGAACCCCUCCGACUACGAUGGGGCAGAGUUCAUGCGUGUCCCUGCGCAGAAGAUCUGGAAGCCAGACAUUGUGCUGUAUAACAAUGCUGUUGGGGAUUUCCAGGUGGAUGACAAGACCAAAGCUUUGCUCAAGUACACGGGGGAGGUGACUUGGAUCCCCCCGGCCAUCUUUAAGAGCUCUUGCAAAAUCGAUGUGACCUACUUCCCGUUUGAUUACCAGAACUGCACCAUGAAGUUCGGUUCCUGGUCCUACGACAAGGCCAAAAUCGACCUGGUCCUGAUCGGCUCCUCCAUGAACCUCAAGGACUACUGGGAGAGCGGCGAGUGGGCCAUCAUCAAAGCCCCCGGCUACAAGCACGACAUCAAGUACAACUGCUGCGAGGAGAUCUACCCGGAUAUCACAUACUCACUGUACAUCCGGCGCCUGCCCCUGUUCUACACCAUCAACCUCAUCAUCCCCUGCCUGCUCAUCUCCUUCCUGACAGUGCUUGUCUUCUACCUGCCCUCCGACUGCGGCGAGAAGGUGACCCUCUGCAUCUCGGUCCUCCUCUCCUUGACUGUGUUCCUCCUGGUGAUCACCGAGACCAUCCCGUCCACCUCGCUGGUGAUCCCCCUAAUUGGCGAGUACCUCCUGUUCACCAUGAUUUUUGUAACCUUGUCCAUCGUCAUCACCGUCUUCGUGCUCAAUGUGCACUACAGGACCCCGACCACGCACACAAUGCCCACGUGGGUGAAGACCAUAUUCUUGAACUUGCUUCCCAGGGUCAUGUUCAUGACCAGGCCAGCAAGCAACGAGGGUAACACUCAGAGGCCAAGACCCUUCUACAGCGCUGAGCUCUCAAACCUGAAUUGCUUCAGCCGCAUAGAGUCCAAGGGCUGCAAGGAAGGCUCCCCCUGCCAGGAUGGGCUGUGUGGCUACUGCCACCACCGCAGGGUAAAAAUCUCAAAUUUCAGUGCCAACCUCACGAGAAGCUCCAGUUCUGAAUCUGUCGACGCCGUGCUGUCCCUCUCCGCUCUGUCACCAGAAAUCAAAGAAGCCAUCCAAAGUGUCAAGUAUAUUGCUGAAAAUAUGAAAGCACAAAAUGAAGCCAAAGAGAUUCAAGAUGAUUGGAAGUAUGUUGCCAUGGUGAUUGAUCGUAUUUUUCUGUGGGUUUUCAUCCUGGUGUGUAUUUUAGGGACAGCAGGAUUGUUUCUGCAACCUUUGAUGACCAGGGAUGAUGCAUAAGCACUAAACUGUGUGUUACCUAUGAGGUUACUUAUGUGUGUUGGGGAAGGGGGCCCACUUUUAAAAAUUUUAUUUUUUAUUGUGGUAAAAUACACUUAGCAUAAAAUUUAUCAUCUCAACCAUGUUUAAGUGCAGCGUUCAGUGGUAUUAAAUAUAUUCACAUUGUUGUGUAACCAUCACCACCAUCCAUCCCCAUAACUCUUCAUCUUGUAAAACUAAAACUUUGGAUCUGUUAAACAAUAACUCCCCAUUCCCCUCUCCCCCCAGCAACCAUCAUUAUACUCUGUCUUUAUGAUUUUGACUACUCUAAGUAUCUCUUAUAAGUAGAAUCAUACAGUGUGUGUCUUUUUUUGUGACUGGCCUGUUUCACUUCCCAGAAUGUCCCUGAGGUUCAUCCAUGUUGUAGCAUAUUGCAGAAUUUCCUUACUUUUUAAGGCUGAAUAACAUUCAAUUGUAAGUAUAUACGUUUUGCUUAUCCAUUCAUCUGCUGAUGGACACUUGGGUUGCUCCCAUGUUUUAGCUGUUGUGGACGAUGCUGCUAUGAACAUGGGUGUACUCUCUUCGAUAUCUUGCUUUCACUUCUUUUGGGGAUAUACUCAGAAGUGGAAUUGCUUGAUCAUAUGGUAAUUCUAUUUUAAAUUUUUUGAGGAAGUGCCAUACUGUUUUCCACCAUGGAUAUUCCAUUUUACAUUCCCACUGAUAAUAUACAAGGGUUUUUUUUUAUUCUUAAGUUUUAGGAGUUCUCCAUAUAUUCUACAUGUUAAUCCUCUAUCAGAUUAAUGACUUGCAAAUAUUCUCUCCCAUUCUGUGGGUUGCUUUUUUACUGUUGAUAGUGUCUUUUGAUGCACAAACUUUUAAAAUUUUCAUGAAGUCCAAUCUGUCUGCUUUUUCUUUCAUUACCUCUGCUUUUUGUGUCAUAUUCAAGAAAUCAUUGCCAAAUCCAGUGUCAUAAAGCAUUUGUCCUGUUUUCUUCUAAGAGUUUUAUUGUUUUAGGUCCUACAUUUAAGCUCUUUCUUAAUAGAGCUUCCUAUCAUCACUUCCUACUGGCUUUGCUUUUGGCAUUUCAAGGUUUACUUAUUAUCCAGUUGUCUUGACUUUUGUAAAAAAAAAAAAAAAAAAAGAUUCAUGCAAAAAAAAUGUCAAGAGUAUUAUAGCUAAAUGAACAUUUAACCAGCCUUUUGGGUAAGGUAAAGAAAUGUCAAAAUAUAAUUCUUCUACAGUAAUAAGUAGCAUGCUGUGCUAGGGACCAUGUAAAAAUGGACUAAAUAUGAAAACUGGUUUUUUUUUUAAAGUGGUCAAGGCAUAAUUGGAUUAAAAAAAAACAUGCUGUUCAGAAAUGCAAAAAAUCUUUUGGUUCAGUAUCACAAUAGAUUUCCCAAUGGUUUUUUUAUCUAGCUCAUAAUCUCCUUGAAGUUUAUAUUAUUUCAGCAAGACCUCACUAUUAUCACUUCUUACCAUGCACUUUUUUUUUUACUGUUUUUUAAGAGUCUAAGGACCAUACCCUCAUUGUAGAUGGCCUCAAUUAUUAAUCUUGCAUCAUUCUAGAUUAUUAUACUAUGAGAAAUUAUACCUAGUCACACAUUCAUGGUUAAUGAACCUUUGGAACAGGGUUUCUCAACCUUAGCACUAGUAACAUUUUGGGCUGGAUAAUUCCAUGUUGGGGGGGUGGGGUCUGUCCUGUACCUUGCAGAAUCUUUAGCAGCAGCCUGGCCCCUACCCACGAGAUGCCAAUAACAUAACCCUAUCCCUUGCCAGCUGUGACAACCAAAAAUGUCCCCCAGGGCAAAACUGCCCCUGGCUGAGAGCCAUUGCUUUAGACAAAUUAUGAAGGACAGAAUAUCCCAUGCUCCACUUCUGAAUCUUAAUAACCACUGGGAAGAGAUGAUGAUUCACAGAGACCCUUUUAAUCUUCUCAGUAGUCAGUUUGAUGUUUUUCCUACGCGAAAAUAAAGCCGACAA